AUGGAUACACAGGUAACUGGAGGCCUAGUUCUUACCACUGGCGUUGUCGGUGUCAUUGCCCUGCUCCUCGUCCAGUAUGCCUACACGACCUUCCGAUGGCAUAAAAAAUACAAAUUGCCACCACAUGUACCGGGAGUGCCGAUCUUUGGAAAUACCUUUCAAAUUCCAGCUAUACAACAAGGACCAUGGGGCAAAAAGCUAGCAGAGAAAUACGGGGAGAUGUUUACUUGCAAAUUUGGAGGCAGCACCUGGGUCUUUCUCAACUCAUCCCGCGUGGUCACCGAUCUCAUGGAGCGUCGCGCGGCGAUCUAUAGCUCCAGGCCCCCUUUUCCUAUGACACAAGGUAUCAUGUCAGGGAACUCUCGAAUCGUCCUCAUGCCUUACAAUGAUCGCUGGCGGCUUCUACGGAAGAUCAUGCACCAAAUUCUAAACGGUAAAAACCAAGACAUUUUCCGACCUUUCCAAGAUCUCGAAUCGAAGCAACUUUGCUGGGACUACCUACAUGCUCCGGACAGAUGGUGGUCUGCGAAUGGACGGUAUGCCAACUCGGUCAUUAUGAGUGUGGUCUUCGGACGUCGGUCGCUUCUAGAUGACCCUGAGGUUGUGGAGCUAUUCGAAACAAUUGAGGUUUUCCUAGAGAACCAACAACCUGGCGUCAACAUCGUCGAUGCUUUUCCAGUGUUUGCCAAACUGCCAAGAUUACUCCAAUGGUGGAGGCCAAGAGGAGAGGAAAUUUUCGAAAAGACGAAAAGAGCACUCCAUAGGGUUUACAAGCGCGAGCUCGACCGGCUCGAACAGAGGAUCAAGGACGGCACCCAAAGAAGAUGCUUCGGAGCAGACUUCCUCGAGAGUAAAGAAAUACGACAGAUAGACGAUACCCAGAAGCUCUUUGUGUUUGGAUCACUGAUGGAAGCGGGAAGCGACACUUCGCGUGUCACUAUUGGUCAAAUCAUUGCCGGGGCUAUCUGUUAUCCUGACUGGGUGGUGAAAGCGCGAAGUCAACUCGAUUCCGUUUGUGGUGCGAAUGCUGAGCAACUGCCGCAGUGGGAAGACCGAUCCCUACUUCCAUACAUUACGGCAGUCGUGAAGGAAGGAUUCCGCUGGAGGCCCAACAUUGCUGAGAUUGGUGCUCCGACUACACUAACCAGGGAUGACGAAUACGAGGGUUAUCGUUUCCCCAAAGGGACAGUCUUUACCUGGAACGCAUGGGCAAUUGCCUUGAACCCAGAUGAAUAUGAGGAGCCGGAACGAUUCUGGCCCGAUCGGUUCCUGAAUGAUGAUUUGGAAAGUGCUCUGAAAGGUCAUUGGGCUUUUGGACCUGGUCGGCGAGUAUGUGUCGGUUGGAAGGUCGGCGAGACCAAUGUUUGGAUAGCCAUUGCUCGCCUUCUCUACUGUUUCGACUUUCAUGAGGUACCCGGGGAGCCAAUUGAUACAAUGCGUAUUCCUCAACUAACCAAAAACUCCCCACCAUUCUCGGCUAAAGUGACCAUCAGAAGCCAGGCACACGCUGCCUUGAUCCGAAAGGAUUGUGAGGCUGCUGCGAACGCGUAUGUCAACAAUGCCGGCCAUGACAUGCCGGAGAAUUCUCCUUCUUCAAAUGCCUCCGAGAACUCCGACCCCUGCGACCCUCCCAAUAUGGAAGACUCCGAUCGCGAAGCUCCCGCACAGCAUUAUACAUCGCCGAGCCGACCGCAGCCUCUGGAGAAAGAUCCCAUUCCACAAGACACUCAGGACAGCGAUGUCUCUUCUAUGCCGGGGGUGGUGGAACCAAACCUUCAGGCUCCUCCAUUAAUGUAUCAUACAAAUGGGCUUCCACUUCCUUCGGGCCCUUCCUUUUCCCAAUACGGGCUUCAAUUUCCAUCACUAUCCAGCUUCGGUGGCCUUGAUACUCCAAUGGGAUCUGACCCUUUAUUUAUGCAUUUACUACUUGGAGCCACUCCAGACGCGACCCGAUAUACCGGAAUAGACAACAUGAACGGAAUUGUGUCAACCACAAAUGGAGAGCGCGAGAUACCACACACGCCCACUUCACCACGAGAUGUUAAUCCGACAAUCGCAAACGUUAAUUCAUCAGCAAAACAUUCAGUAGAAGCUGCAUGUGAUACGACACUAGGAGCUGGCUUUUUCGACGGCCUAAGCUCUUUGGACUUUCAAGCGGAACUAGGGACAUCGCCUUCCGAUACGUGGUCUAGGGAUCCUAGUAACCUGACACGAAGUCUCCCCAUCAUUCGACAGGAGAAAUCUGUCCAGUCUCCACGAUAUUUAAUCAACGAAACAGACUUCGAAAAGAUCCACGGAGAUGCCUCCGUGCAGCUUGGAAAUCCUGGUCCCGAUCGUAACCUUUUUGAACUCAGUGAACUGCAGCAGUUUAUCAGAAGUUAUGUGGAAUGCUUUCACAUACAUCUGCCUUUUAUUCAUUUGCCAUCCUUCUCCCCUCUCGAUACGCCGUCUCCCUUAAUACUUGCAAUGGCGAGCAUUGGUGCACUGUACCGUCUAAGGCGGCGUCCCAUCUCGAAACCCAAUGGCACGUAUCGCUCUGAGUUGUGGGUCUUGCAAUCCAAGAUCCUCCUAACCGUCUUUGCUGUAUUCAGCAAUCGGCGGAAUCUUGCGACAGAGAUGUUCAGCAAAAUGGGCUUCAUGAUGCUGGAAUAUCAAUGGAGGAGGAUUGACUUGCAAAACCUUGCUACCAACCGCAAAACAAUGACCUGGUCCGAUUGGAUCGAUUUCGAACAAACAAAAAGAGCACUCUGUGCCAUGUUUAUCCUAAGUGAUUCGCUUAUGAUCACAUUCAAUAUUACGCCCGGCUUCGUGAUUGACCGGGAUCUCAUGAUCGAGGCCCCCGAUAGCAACGAGUUAUGGGCAGCUAAAACAGCCGAAGAAUGGGAAGAACUGCAGCGAUCCCACCCAAACAGCCCACAACAUACCAUUCAGAGUAUUCUAGAGUGCAUGAUUCGGGCCCCGGAAACUCCUCCAAACAAUGAGCCUUACUCUAUAAGCGGCUUCACAGCACUAGUCGUCAUGCACGCCAUAAACAUUUACCUUUGGCAUCUGAAUCAGCUUGCCCAAACCGUCAGCCGUUUCUCUCUGGGCAUUUGGCCACAUGAAAACCUACGAACCACUUUGCUCCGAGCAGCAAUCUCAACACUAGAACGGACUGAAGCUGCCUUGCAGGCCGGUCGAUCAGAUGAUUACAAGGUAGCUUGGGAUGACCAAGAGCAUACCCUUGUUUUCAACUGCAGUGCAGUACUUCGUGCUGGCUACUCGCGGCUUUUACCGCCAUCGCAUUCAUUCAAUCGCUUAGCGCUACUCGUGGAUGAUCACGAUGUGCUAUCACGGGCAAUAAAGGCAUAUGUAAAUACACCGCUGGAACGGAACGAAUUCGUGACCAAGGCUGCCAGCAAGGCCUACGAAGGGUUCAAGGGCCCAGUUACCAUAGGUGCUACGCUUGUCAGCAAAACUGCUGCUUUCUCCUGGAGUAUUGAGCACGCGGUGGCUGGAUGGGACAGUGGUGAGUCUUCCCGUCUCUCCUUACCCAUACGUUCGUUCCAAGAUCUACUGGGCCAACUGGCUAAUUCAUCUGUCUCCUCAGCCCUUCUACUGACCAAGUGGGUCUAUAGCAUGGAGGUAGAUGUAUCCGGGCAACAGCCAUCAGGCGAAGAAUUACAACUUCUCGACGACCUAAGAUCUCUACUGGCCAAGGUGCAAUACGAGCAGGAACAAAUUAUCGAAGGUUAUUCACUGGCUGCCCUUCUGGCCCGCGCGUGGGCGACCUUACUUGGCGAUGUAUGUUGA